AUGCAGGUGGAUUCAGGGGAUGUACUCCUUGAUUCUGCUGUGCUGGGUCGAUAUAUGUACUAUCUGUUUCUCGCAGACGUAUCCACGCAUACGUGUGUGGAGAAAGACCUGAAGAAGCUAGCUAGGAGGAUCAAGUAUGUCGUCAUCGGACUGACCGAGACGAGUAGGCAUCUCCCGCUGCACGCUGUAUUUGAGGCUGGAGAGGAACUGUGCCUUGGAACAUGCGACAGCAGAGGCGUCGGCGGCGUAGGUGUUCUCGUCAAUACGCACUUGACCAUAUACAUCGAUUCGUACGAAACAACAAACAAACGAAUUGGACGUUUGCGAUUAAGAAGAUGUAACUCAACCCCGGCUCGAACCAUCUUCUUUGCCUACGCAUCAACACCACGCUACGAAGAAGAGGAGUUGGAAGCGUUUUAUAUGGAUCGGGAGAGAGAAGACCACACUUUCUUCAAGGUCAUCGUCAGUGAGUUCAACGCCAAGAUUGGCCCUAGAAGAUCGGCUGAAGGGCUCCACAUCGGGACUCACGGAAUGGAAUGGAAUGAGCAGGGUGGAAGGCUGUCCGAGUUUGUCAUGUCGACCCACACCAUCCAUGGUAGCUCGCAAAUCCAGAAGCUCUCUCAUUUGCGAUGGAUAUGGAAGUCACCUGGUGGACAGUUCAUAAUGAAAUAG